AUGGGUAUCAAUGAACUGUUGCGUUGUUUAGUAUCAGACCAUUUCACAGAAGUGAUAGCAUCCCACGACGACCAGUUCUGCAGCACAUGGGGGAACUACCAUUUCCGGACUUUCGACGGUGAAUUCUUCCAGCUUCGCUCCAACUGCAACUAUCUCCUUGCAUCCAAUUGUAAGAGCAGCUAUGAGGACUUUAACAUCCAGCUGCAACGACAUGAGAAACACAGGGCCGCCCAUAUAAAGCGGGUCACUAUGAGACUGGAGGGAGUGGUGGUGGAAAUGUCCAACGCCUCAAUCACGGUCAAUGACGAGAUUGUGAUGUUGCCUUUCAGUCAGGCAGGCAUCUCCAUUGUAAGGACGUUCUCCUAUAUAAAGUUUGAGGCCACAAGCGGCGUGGUUGUCAUGUGGAAUGAAGACGACACACUCUGGGUUGAGUUGGAUGCCAAGUACAAGAAUCAGACUUGCGGUUUGUGUGGUGACUUUAAUGGUGAGCGUGUUGACGGGAUCCUUGAGGAAUUAGGGGAGGCCUGGAAGGCCAACGGUCCGACUGAAAACUGUGAAGAAACUCUGUCUCCUUCCCCUCAAAACUGCCCCAUAAAUCAGAGAGACGUCUGUGAGAGUUUCCUGUUAGGAGAUUCUUCCCUCAGCUGUCACGACCGAGUCAACAGUUUAGCUUUCAUUGAAGCUUGUGUGACAGAUUUGUGCUCCUGUGAAAGCAACUCCACCACCUGCUUGUGUUCAACAAUGGCAGAGUACUCACGUCAAUGCGCUCAUGCCGGUGGGGUGCCGCAGGAAUGGAACGCACAUAUAUGCGCAAAAAAACCAUGCCCAUUAAACAUGGAAUACAACGAAUGCGGGAGCCCCUGCACAGACACCUGCACUGACCCACAGAGGAGCCAAGUGUGUGAAGAACACUGCAUAGAUGGUUGCUUCUGUCCACCCGGGACUGUUUUGGAUGACAUUGGUGGUGGUGGGUGUUUGCCCCUUGACCAGUGCUCCUGCAUGCACAAAGGCAAGCCUUACGGACCUAGGCAAUCCUAUUCCAGGGCUUGUCAAACAUGCACUUGUACUCAGGGUGAGUGGAGGUGUCAUGAUAAUGAAUGUCCCGGUGUCUGCUCUGUACUGGGUGGCUCACACAUUUCUACCUAUGACGAAAAGACCUACACCUUUCAUGGGGAUUGCUCUUAUGUUCUUUCAAAGGUAAGGCCUUUAAACUGUAUGAAUGGGACCUUUGCUGUCCUGGCCGACCUUGUCAAAUGUGAAAAAUCUGACAAAUCAACUUGUCUGACUGCAGUCAAUCUACUGUUGCCCAAAUCCACAAUACAGAUGAUUGCUGUUGACUCAAGCGGUCAGGUUUUAGUCAACAAACUCACGUCUCGUCUGCCUUUCUUCACAGAUGAUGUCACAAUCUUCAGUCCGUCCACAUUUUACAUUGUGAUUCACACCAUCUACGGGCUUCACCUUGAGAUUCAGCUCGUACCCAUCAUGCAGGUCUAUAUUAAAGCCAGUCUUCCCCAUAAAGGCAAACUCCAGGGUCUUUGUGGAGAUUUUAAUGACGUCGAAUUCAAUGACUUCAGAACUAGAAGUGGGAUGAUUGAGGGCACGGCUUACGCAUUUGCCAACUCAUGGAAAACUAAAGGUGGCUGUCCAGAUGUCAGUAAUACACUUGGUGACCCCUGUCUUUUGAGUAUAGACAAGGAGAAAUAUGCCCACCACUGGUGCGCCAUGCUCAUUAACACAACAGGGGUGUUUUCCAAGUGCCAUUCGGAGAUAAACCCAGAAGAAUAUCUUGCUGCUUGUAUAUAUGAUACAUGUGCCGCUGAAAACAGUUUGGAUUCUGUAUGUGCCAUCAUGUCCUCCUACGUUUACGCUUGCAUGGCCGCUGGUGUCUCCUUGAAAGGAUGGCGUGAUGCUGUAUGUGGAAAAUACACAUCAGGCUGCCCCUCAAAUUUAGUGUUUGACUACCACAUGACAAACUGUGGGCGCACCUGCCACUCUCUGGGUCAGCGGGAUGGAACCUGUGAUGUCGAUUUGAGCCCCAUGGAUGGCUGCGGCUGUGCUGAGGGCACUUACCUCAAUGACAGGGGCCGGUGUGUGCCAGCCUCACAGUGCUUCUGCUAUAUGGGGGACAUGGUGCUCAGGCCUCAGCAGGUCAUAAAGGUCAGCGGACAAAUUUGUGUCUGUCGCGGUGGGAAACUUAAUUGCUCAGGAAACCAUCUGACGGAAUCAUGCAGCGCUCCAAUGAUUUUCUUCAACUGCUCAAGCGCAAAACCAAGUGACAUUGGAUCAGAGUGCCAAAAGACCUGUCAGACUCUGGACACAGAAUGUGUUAGCACACACUGCGUCUCUGGCUGCGUGUGUCCUGCUGGCCUGUUGUCUGACGGUAAAGGAGGUUGCAUUGAGGAGACCAGUUGUCCUUGCACUUAUAAUGAACAAUCAUACAAGCCUGGAGAGACUGUUAAAGUGGACUGUAACACCUGCACUUGUAAAAGUGGACAGUGGGAAUGCACCAAUCAGGAAUGUGACGGAACCUGUACAAUAUACGGAGAAGGUCAUUACAUCACUUAUGACGACAAGAAAUUCUCCUUUAAUGGCGACUGUGGUUACGUCUUCACCCAGGAUUACUGUGGGGACAACAAGGAUGGCACAUUCAGAGUCUUGACGGAGAGUGUUCCGUGUGGACCAAGUGAUAACAUCUGCUCUACUGCUAUCAAGCUCUACUUAGGGAACAGUGAAAUAAUCCUUAAAGAGGGAACUGUAAUCAAACAUACCAAAGGGGUUGACAUACCUUAUAAAGUCCAUACUAUUGGAUUAUAUCUUGUCAUUGAGGCAAAGAAUGGUCUUGUUCUCAUCUGGAAUAAGAAGACAACACUGAUGGUCAAACUGAGCUCCGCAUUUAAGGGAAAAAUUUGUGGUAUGUGUGGGAAUUACGAUGGAAAAAUAAAAAAUGACUUUACCACCCGAAACAAAGAAUUGGUGGUGGACGCCUUUGAGUUUGGAAACAGCUGGAAAGUGUCACAAAGCUGUGCCAACACAAAUGCAUUAAAAAAUCCCUGCACACUGUACUCGCAUAGGCAGGCAUGGGCAUUAAAACGCUGCAGCAUCAUCAACAGUGAAGUCUUUAGUACAUGUCAUUCAAAGGUGGAUCCCCAGCCCUAUUACAAUGCCUGUGUAAAAGACACGUGUUCCUGUAAUACUGGAGGAGAUUGUGAGUGCUUCUGCUCAGCUGUCGCAGCCUAUGCACUUGCUUGCAAUACUGCAGGAGCAUGCAUAAAAUGGAGAACUCCAACUGUCUGUCCUCUAUUUUGUGAUUACUACAAUCCUGAGGGUGAGUGUGAAUGGCACUACGAAGCUUGUGGAAAACCAUGCAUGAAGACCUGUAGGAAUCCCUCUGGAAAGUGCUAUACUCAUAUCCCAGCUUUAGAAGGCUGCUACCCGAGGUGUCCACCUCAUCAACCAUAUUUGGAAGAGGUAACAAUGAAAUGUGUGGCAGCAGAGCAAUGUGGGUGCUAUGAUGUUGAUGGGAAACAUUAUGCCGAAGGAGACAGAAUGCCUCCGACAGAAAAUUGUCAGAAAUGUAAAUGUUCUUCAUCAGAGAGGCAAUGCACGUACACAAUUGAAGAUUGUACUUGCAUCUAUCAAGGACAAAUAUACAAUUAUGGCGAUAUCGUGUAUGACACUCAUGAUGGAGAUGGAACUUGUAUCACUGCUUUUUGUGGAGAACAUGGGAACAUUACGAGAGAAGUAACGGUGUGCAGUUCAUCAACCACUCAUCAGCCACCAACAACAACAGAAUUUGUGUUUACGACAAAAGAAGGACCAACCUCCACAAAUGAACCCACUACUAUUAAAACAACUACUUCAACAACAGUAACAACUGAAAAGCCCCAAACUACCACAACCACAGAAAGGACACCAUCGACCACACAUGACUGUUAUGUUUGUCACUGGUCACACUGGAUCAACAACCACUACCCUGAUCAUGACCUCAGUGGUGGAGAUUAUGAAGCUAUAGAAAAUAUUAAUGAUGCAAAUCUAAAUGACUGCAAUCUUCCACUUGAGAUAGAAUGCAGAGCAAAGGCCUUUCCAGAUUUAGCUUUGGAUCAGCUUGGUCAGAAAGUAACAUGUAAUCCAACAGAAGGAUUUAUCUGUCACAACAAAGACCAAGGCAUACCACCAAUUUGUUAUGACUAUGAGAUUAGAGUCAAAUGUUGCAUCAACCAUUGUGUCACCCCCACCAAAGCUACAACUACAAAUUCACCCACAGAAUACACAACUCUGACAGCAACAACUCAAAGACCACCAAGACCCACAGAAGGCCCCACCACAACUGAAGUCACAUCAACUGAAAAAACAAUCCCCACAACUACCAUUAUAAUUCAUACAGGUCCACCAAUCACAGGGGCAGGGUCAACACCAUUAGAAGAAGAAACAUCCAAAACCACUGUUACUGAAAAACCAAGCACAGUUACAGAAGUACCAACAACAACGACAGUCACUAAAAGACCUACCACAGUAACAGAAAUACAAACAACAUCCACAGUUACUGCACAACCUAGCACAGACACAAUUCCUCCAUCCACACUGUCAACAACAGAAAAAACCACAACAGCAAACCCCCAAACCACAAUUACAGAGGAACACACCACCAUCAAAACAACGACACAGAAGCCACCCUUAUCAACAACUAUGCCAACAACAGUAAAAACGGAAAAGCCCCAAACGACCACAACCACAGAAAGGACGCCAUCGACCACACCUGAAUGUUAUGUUUGUCACUGGUCACACUGGAUCAACAACCACUACCCUGAUCAUAACCUCAGUGGUGGAGAUUAUGAAUCUAUAGAAAAUAUUAAUGAUGAAGGUCUGAAAGACUGCAAUCAACCACGUGAGAUAGAAUGCAGAGCAAAAGCCUUUCCAGAUGUGGCUUUGGAUCAGCUCGGUCAGAUAGUAACAUGUAGUCCAACAGAAGGACUGAUCUGUCACAACAAAGACCAAGGCAUACCACCAAUUUGUUAUGACUAUGAGAUUAGAGUCAAAUGUUGCAUCAACCAUUGUGUCACCCCCACCGAAUCUACAUCUCCAAAUUCACCCACAGAAUACACAACUCUGACAGCAACAACACAAAAACCACCCAGACCCACAGAAGGCCCCACCACAACUGAAGUCACAUUAACUGAAAAAACAAUCCCCACAACUACCAUUAAAAUUCAUACAGAAACAAUUCCUCCAUCCACACUGUCAACUACAGAAAAAACCACAACAGCAAACCCCCAAACCACAAUUACAGAGGAACACACCACCAUCAAGACGACACAGAAGCCACCCUUAUCAACAACUACACCAACAACAGUCAAAACGGAAAAGCCCCAAACGACCACAACCACAGAAAGGACGCCAUCGACCUCACCUGAAUGUUAUGUUUGUCACUGGUCACAUUGGAUCAACAACCAUUACCCUGAUCAUAACCUCAGUGGUGGAGAUUAUGAAUCUAUAGAAAAUAUUAAUUAUGAAAAUCUGAAAGACUGUAAUCAACCACUUGAGAUAGAAUGCAGAGCAAAAGCCUUUCCAGAUGUAGCUUUGGAUCAGCUCGGUCAGAUAGUAACAUGUAAUCCAACAGAAGGACUAAUCUGUCACAACAAAGACCAAGGCAUACCACCAAUUUGUUAUGACUAUGAGAUUAGAGUCAAAUGUUGCAUCAACCAUUGUGUCACCCCCACUGAAUCUACAACUACAAAUUCACCCACAGAAUACACAACUCUGACAGCAACAACACAAAAACCACCCAGACCCACAGAAGGCCCCACCACAAUUGAAGUCACAUCAACUGAAAAAACAAUCCCCACAACUACCAUUAAAAUUCAUACAGAAACAAUUCCUCCAUCCACACUGUCAACAACAGAAAAAACCACAACAGCAAACCCCCAAACCACAAUUACAGAGGAACACACCACCAUCAAGACAACGACACAGAAGCCACCCUUAUCAACAACUACGCCAACAACAGUAAAAACGGAAAAGCCCCAAACGACCACAACCACAGAAAGGACGCCAUCGACCACACCUGAAUGUUAUGUUUGUCACUGGUCACAUUGGAUCAACAACCAUUACCCUGAUCAUAACCUCAGUGGUGGAGAUUAUGAAUCUAUAGAAAAUAUUAAUGAUGAAAGUCUGAAAGACUGCAAUCAACCACUUGAGAUAGAAUGCAGAGCAAAAGCCUUUCCAGAUGUAGCUUUGGAUCAGCUCGGUCAGAUAGUAACAUGUAAUCCAACAGAAGGACUGAUCUGUCACAACAAAGACCAAGGCAUACCACCAAUUUGUUAUGACUAUGAGAUUAGAGUCAAAUUUACUACACAACCAACCACAGUUACAGAAGUACAAACAACAACCAAAGUCACUAAAAACACUACCACAUCACAGAAGUGCCCACCAGAACAACCACAGUUGCUGAAAAACCCACUACAGUUACAGCAGUACCAGCAACAACAACCCCCGUCUCUACAAGCAGUCGGAACCACUGAAUGUUUCUGCAAAUACCUUGAUCAAACUUUUUCUCCUGGUACUACCAUAUACAAUAAGACAGAUGAAGCAGGUUGGUGCUUCACCGCAUAUUGCAAUAAAACUUGCAAUAUUGAGAAGUAUGCUGGACCGUGUCAGCCAACUAUUCCACCAACUCCUACCACUUCCUUAACAACUACUGGCAUAACGACAAAAGCACCCCCUAAAGAUUGUACAUUUCUUAUCCCACCAAGAAAGCAUGGAGAAAUCUGGAGUUCAGACAACUGCACCACUGAUCGUUGUGAUGAUGGAAAAGUUGUAACAGAACAUAAGCCAUGCGAACCAAUUAUGCCUGUGUGUGAAAACAGUCAACCACCAGUGAGGGUUUAUGAUGAAGAUGGUUGCUGUUUCCACUACGAAUGCACAUGCAUCUGCAGCGGCUGGGGAGAUCCCCACUAUGUCACAUUUGAUGGUCAAUACUACAGCUUCCAGAAAAACUGCACUUAUGUCCUGGUUAAAGAGAUUGUUCCUCAACACAAUUUUACCGUCCUUAUCGACAAUGAAAACUGUGACGACACGGGUGAAGUAACCUGUGCUCACAGCUUGAUUGUCUACUACAAAAACUAUGAAGUCAUUCUCACACAGGAGAGGGGCACAAAUACAGUCAACAUGGUGUAUGUCAAUGGCAAGAAAGUCAUUCCAACGUACUCCAACAAAGAUUUUAUCAUCACAAGCACUGUCAUCGAGAUGGUCUUGAGAAUUCCAGAAAUUAAAGCCGUCGUGACUUUCAAAGGCCUUUUAUUCAGUGUUGAUUUGCCAUUUUCCCUAUUCCACAAUAAUACAGAGGGACAGUGCGGUACAUGUGACAAUAAUAGAAAAAAUGACUGCAGAUUACCAAGCGGGCAGAUUCACCCCUCUUGCACCGAUAUGGCUGGUGAGUGGCAUGUACCAGAUAAGAACAAACCAUACUGUGAGAAGUCACCUCCUCCACCAACGCCAAGUCCACCACCAACUCAACCACCUUGUGAUCAUGAAAUAUGUGAAAUCAUAAUGAGCGACGUGUUUAAGAAAUGUCACAACAUCGUUGCACCGGAGACCUAUUAUGAGGCCUGUAAAUUUGAUGUUUGCCACAUGCAACACUCCCACGUGGGAUGCUCCAGUUUGGAGGCGUACGCCAUGAUGUGUGCUGCAGCAGCAGUCUGUGUCAACUGGAGAAAUGCGACAUGGGGGCAGUGCGAAUACGACUGUCCCGCACACAAAGUCUACAAACCAUGUGGGCCAGUUGUGGAACCAACCUGCAAUGCAAGAUACAAUAACAAGUAUAUAGAGCAAUGCCAUGGAGAAAAAUAUUACCAGAGAUCUGACUGUAAUGUAUUUGUGGAGGGAUGUUUCUGUCCACCUGGCACAAUUUUGUUCAGUUCAAGCUCCGACAUCUGUGUCUCCGCCUGUUGCACGGGACCUGAUGGUGAACCUAAAGAGAUUGGCGACAGUUGGGUCAGUGGCUGUCAAAUGUGUGUCUGUGAUGCUGAAACGCUGAGUGUGCAGUGUGAGCCUCGCGUGUGUCCCACUCAAGCACCUAUAACCUGUAAGGAAGGGGAGGUGUUGUUAAACCAAACGGUGGACUGCUGCCAAACGCUGACAUGUGUUUCUCUUCCAACGAAAUGUAAAAUAAACACAAACACUACCUACUUGCACACAAAGAACUGCAAGUCAGUUGUACCAGUGGAAAUGACAACCUGCGAAGGAUCCUGUGGAGCGUCAACAUCAAUGUACUCGGCUGAGAGCAACAGCCUGAUGCACUCCUGCUCAUGUUGUCAAGAAACUGCCACCAAACAGAAGGAAGUGGAGAUGAUUUGCGCAGAUGGCAGCAAGAUAAAGCACUCCUACAUCUCGAUUGAAAAGUGUGGCUGUCAAGCUACACACUGUACACAAAAUACAACACAACAUUUCUAA